CUCUCUCUCUCUCGCUGCAGUGAACAAACAGGUCAACUGUCUCGCCUUUGGUAGGGACUAGAAAAGAGCUUCCAAGAAACGUACUAGCGAACACCAAGACGAGCCUCCCUUUCUUUCCCCCCUUUUUGAUUUCUUCGUCGUCCUUGUUGGUUCCACCCAGAAACCAGAAAGAAAAACCCCUCUUCUAACAUCUAUAAUUGGGUUUCUUCAAGCUUCUAUUCGAUAUCUAGAAAAAGGAUGUGAUUAUUUUUAUCCCUUUCUUUUUCGUGUUCGAUUAGUUGUUUCUUUUGAAUUUUCUUAUUAAUUGAAUAUGCAGUCAAAGCAAUCAAUUGGGGGAGGUCAUUCGUGGAUGACACCUAACUUUACAGAGAAAAGCUCCUUUUCACACUAGAUCUGCUUUGUUUCACGGAUCCGGUUCUAUUUUUUCAAGUUCUCUGCACCUAAAAUCUUUGGUUUCUAAAGGAGUGUGAGGGUCGAAAGAGAAGAAUACAACAGUUUGGUUUCGGGAUUUGUUGCCAUGGGGGCUUGCUGGAGCGCUCGAAUCAAGGCCGAGAGUCCAUUUCAUACGGGGGUGAACUCAAAAUAUGUGAGCAAAGAUGAAAAUGAUGUAAGUGGUGCAAGUAGCAAAGUCUCAGCUGCUUCAGUGCCUCAAACUCCUCGUAGUGAAGGGGAGAUUUUGCUGUCUUCCAAUUUGAAGAGCUUUAGCUUCAACGAACUAAAAAUGGCCACAAGGAACUUCCGCCCUGACAGUGUUUUGGGAGAAGGUGGCUUUGGUUCAGUCUUUAAGGGGUGGAUUGAUGAGCAUGCAUUUACAGCUGCCAAGCCUGGGACCGGCAUCGUUAUUGCUGUUAAGAGGCUUAACCAAGAAGGUUUUCAGGGUCAUAAGGAGUGGUUGGCAGAAGUCAAUUAUCUGGGGCAGCUGUAUCAUCCUAAUCUUGUGAAAUUGAUUGGCUAUUGCUUAGAGGAUGAGCAUCGUCUUCUAGUCUAUGAGUUUAUGCCUCGAGGAAGCUUGGAGAACCAUCUGUUCAGGAGGGGUUCUUAUUUCCAACCACUUUCUUGGAACCUCCGUAUGAAGGUCGCUCUUGGGGCUGCAAAAGGUCUUGCCUUCCUCCAUAGUGCCGAAACAAAAGUUAUCUAUAGGGACUUCAAGACAUCCAACAUACUUCUUGAUUCAAACUACAAUGCAAAGCUUUCUGAUUUUGGGUUGGCCAAGGAUGGUCCAACAGGUGACAAGAGCCAUGUCUCUACAAGGGUCAUGGGAACAUAUGGAUAUGCGGCUCCAGAAUACCUAGCUACAGGCCAUCUGACUGCUAAGAGCGACGUAUACAGCUUUGGGGUGGUUCUCCUAGAAAUGUUAUCAGGCAGAAGAGCAGUGGACAAGAACCGACCAUCUGGAGAACACAUCCUGGUAGAAUGGGCCAAGCCUUACUUGACCAACAAACGGAAAAUUUUCCGCAUUCUGGAUAACCGUCUUGAAGGACAGUACUCACUGACCGGAGCACAAAAGGCAGCAAAUCUUGCUCUCCAAUGCCUGUCCACAGAAGCAAAGUACAGGCCAACCAUGGAUGAGGUUGUGGCAGCGUUGGAACAGCUUCAAGACUCCAAAGACACUGUGAGAGACACACAAAAUGGAAACCACCCAAAUCAUGAAAGUCGACCCACCAGUGGAACCAGACCCCGCAGAAGAAGUGCAGAUGAAUCGCAGAACAGAAAAGCUGCACCUUAUCCCAGGCCAUCUGCUUCGCCCCUUUAUGCUUAACAGCAACUGAGAGAAUUGGAUUUACAUGUAAUCUUUACCAUUGAAACAAUUGAGAGGGUGGUUAUGAAAAGCAUCAUGUCGAAAACAAUUCCAGAGGGUAUGUACCCAUGCUUGUUUGAUUACUGUACAGUUCUUGUUUUGGCCAAUAUAUUAAGAAUCAACCUUACAUCAAUACAUAUUCCAGUUGUGCCUGUUAACUUUUGAGGAACCAAUGAAAUUACAAAAAGUGUCAGUGGUUUACUGACAUGUUUGUAACAUCUAAAAGAGAUUAGAGAAGAGGAAAUUUUAUUGCCAUUGCAAUGGGGAGGAUUUUGCAUAUAUUGAUAUUAACUUUUCAUUUCUUUA